AUGAACGGCGAAGUGGUUGCUCAGUUCGCCGAGAUCACCGGUGCGACACCAGAGGUCGCAACACAGUACCUGCAGCUAGCCGAUUUCGAUAUUGAGCAGUCUAUGCAACUUUACUUCGAAAAUGGGGGUGCACCGCUCACUGAAUCGGCCCGGCAGCCAUCAACUCGCACUCAUUUUGAGGAUGAAGCUGGAGUGGUCCAUGUUGACUCAGACUCCGAUGAUGACAGCCCGUCUGCCCACGCCCGAGCUAAUGCUGCCGCCACAGGAGGCUCAACCUUCGAAGAUGAUGCUGCCAUGGCUCGCCGCCUGCAGGAGGAAAUGUAUGGAGGUAGCGGUACUGGCGGCGGCAUCGGCGGCGAUGAUGAGAACGUACGGGCGCCCCUCGCACGCACGACAGAGACGCUCGUGGGACCCAGUCUCGAUUUUGACGAUGAGGACGAGAUGAUUAUGAGCCAGUUGCGCACUCGCCAAAGAGGUCCCGGCCGCCCCGGAAUCUUCAAUCAGACCACUGCACCAUCAAUAUGGGGUGGCAGCUCAGCCGAAUCGCAUCAGGAAUUGCUCUCCAGAGCUACGGGCGGUGCCUCGGAAACAUCCUCUAAGUCGAACAUGCUUGCGGAAAUGUACCGACCUCCAUACGAAAUCAUGUCGCGCGUUCCCUGGGACAUGGCUCGGGAAGAAGGACGGGAGAAUGAGAAGUGGCUCCUAGUCAACAUUCAAGACACCUCAAUCUUCGAUUGCCAAGUAUUGAAUCGUGACUUGUGGAAGGAUAAACUCGUCCAGGACACUAUCCGGGAACACUUUAUUUUCUUACAAUUCUCGAAGGACGAUCCAAAGGCUGCGGCAUACCUGCAAUACUACUUCCAGGCGCAUGAUGUCUCUGACAAUUACCCUCACAUCGCCAUAAUCGACCCCCGCACUGGCGAGCAGAUGAAAGUGUGGUCUGGCCCUCCAGUGAUGAAGGCUGCUGAUUUUCUGAUGCAACUCCACGAAUUCCUGGACCGCUACAGUCUGAAUCACAAUGUGCGCAAUCCCGUGGCAAAGCGCAAGAUUGACAAGAAAGAGAAGUCCGUGGACGCCAUGACUGAAGAAGAGAUGAUGGAAAUGGCAAUCAACAACAGCUUGGGAGCUGAGCCCGCUUCCGGUCCCAAGCUGGACGAUCCUGAUGAUCUGACUCGCAGUGUCGAAGACGUCAAGGGCAAGGGCCGCGCCAACGAGGAACAAGAUCAACUCAUGGACGAGAUAUCUCAGGGGCCCCCUGAAGAUGCAGAGGAGUCAUUGUUCUCUUCCAUACCAAGCAACCGGCCACACACGGAACCCGAGGUCGAUCCGGCCACCACGACCAGAAUCCAAUUUCGUCACCCUUCUGGCCGUGUCAUUCGGCGAUUUGCCCUCUCCGACCCAGUUCAACGGAUCUACGAAUGGCUCAAGGCUGAACCUCCAUUAGAGGAUAAGGCUGGGGUCGAAUUUGAGCUGAACUCUAUGGGCCAAAAUUUGAUACACAGUCUGGCCACGAGCAUUCAAGAUGCUGGAUUGAAGAAUGGAACGGUCAUGAUCGGCUAUCUCGAAUAG